UUGGUGGACUGGCGGAAGUAGAGGACUGCCGGGGCAGCAAACAUGUCCGCGGUCAUUUGAAAACUUGCCACAGUUCCUUUUUGGCACCGGGUGUGUUUUUGUGUCAGCUUCUGGCAGCUUCUCUGACGCGUUAGAUAUUCGAGGACUCCGCGAUAAGAACCAGAAUAUUUGUUAUUAUCAGAAAUAAUGCUGAUAUCUGGGACUCAUGUCGGAAGUCGUGUAUGAAGAGACAGCCACGAUGAUUGCCGCUGGGGAAUUGCAGUCGUUUGUCCCGUUUGGCCGUGAUCACUGCAAGAACCAUCCCAAUGCCUUCAACCUGCAGCUGCGGGAGCUCCAGCCGGCUUCCGAGCUGUGGUCUUCGGACUGCGCUGCCGGCUUGGUGGGCUCACUGCAGGAAGUCAGUCUCCAGGAGAAGGAGAAGGAAAGCUGGCAACUCAGGAAGGGCAGCGCAGACGCCUUGGAGCAGGACGUGGAAUUUGAAGAGGAGCUUUACGCCGCGGGGAAUGUGGUCGUGUGGAGCCAGGGCAGCCGGACACAAGGUUCUAAUGUUUACAAGGCAUUCACUGUUGACAGCCCAGUGGAACAGGCUUUGUGGUGCAACUUUUCCGUUCCUCAAAGCAAGAAUGACGAAGAAAAGGUGGAGCACACCGUGUGUAUUGUGCAGAAUGGCUGCGUCAACAUUCACAGUGUCACCGGAAAAGAUUUCCUCUCGCCUCUUCCAAUCCAGGUGUCAAAAGUCUGGCCAACCAAGUUUGGACUCAUUUUGGAGCGUAAAAUUACAGCAGCCGACGGACAACUCAGUGCGCCUGGCGAGUCUCUCCCCACAGUAUUCAGCAUGCUGCAUCCGAUAGAUGAGGUGGCACCAGUAGUUUGCAAACCAACAGGCUCGAUGGAAGGCUCUUGUGUGGAGUACAUGUCUGACACUACAAUGAAAAUAGUAUUUGCCUGCUGCCAGCCUUCAAUAGUCGUCUCCUAUGACACCGUGCAGGGAACGCACUCCGUGUGGAGCCUGCGGAAAGUCACACAUGAGGAGCGCUCAACCUUGCUUCGGUGUCCCGCGGAGCCUUUCAGUGGACCUUUGGGCUUCCUGGCCACAGACUUCCUGAUGUCCCACCUGCGUAACUUCUCCCGUCUGGACUCCCCGGGUGGCAGCAAGCCAGCCAGGUUUAAUCCUGGUGCUGCCCAAAGCGGUGCUGUCAGCUCACCUCUUCACUACAGCAGUUUGCAUAACCACCAGAGCAGAAUCCUCAUGUCCUCGCCAGGAAUACAUUCCCGUAUACAUUCCCCGAGCAUAUCCAACAUGGCUGCCCUCAGUCGCGCCCACUCUCCAGGCAUGGCAGCCCCGUCCUUAUCGGGCAUGGCUCGUUUCAACACGACCCUCCACAGCUCGUCGCCCCGUGGCCACCACGGCGUGCUGCACUCUCCCAACAGCACCACCAACGAGACCCUGCUGUUGCCGGAGCUGGAGCCUAUCAUACCAGACCUAUGCAUGGAGCAGCUGUGGAGUGAGACGACUUCGGCUCCUGCCACGUUUAACAGCCUGGACAGAGAGAUGAGUAGCCAAGCAUCCAAGGUAUUCCUAACCUCUGAUGUCUGCGAGAACCGCUACCUCUGUUUCCUGGUGGAAUCGCACCAACAGCUCAGGUGCGUGAAGUUUGUGGAGAGCAAUGAUAAAUCUCAAUUUAUCUUUGCCUCUGUCACGUGCAUUGCUGCCAAAGAUGCAGAGCCUCUGCAGAAUAUAGAUGCCAUGCUGGUGUUGGAGGCCUGUGGCAGCUUGGUCCUCUACACUGGCAUUACCCGGGUGAGCACAGUGUUUGUGCCCGGCCUCCUGUCGUCCACCUUCAGUCUGACCAACCACCGGGCCAGCCUUUACAUGCUUGAGCACGUUAGCACGCCAACUGAGGCAGGCAGCAGGCGCCUGCAAAGACUGGAUGAGGCUGCGAUGCCAUCGCCAGUGUCAGAACUUCGCAGUGCAUACAUGAAACACCAGGAAGGGUCUUUUUUGGACGAUUACACCUUCCAACAGGCCACGCCAUACAUCCAUGCCUUGCGGGACCCCGUCUGCAACCGCGUAACUCUGGAGCUAAGCAAUGGAACCAUGCUGAGAAUCUCCAUCCCUGACAUUGCUACAUCAGAACUAGUGAGGAAAUGUCUUCAGGCGAUCCGUUUCAUUCUGCCCAAAGAAGCGGCCAUGAAGGUUUUGGUCAAAUGGUACACCAUCUGCAACGCUCCCGGUGGAAUCAGCGCCCAUGCAGAGUGGAACCUGUUUGUCACUUGCUUCCUCACGCUGAUGGGUUACAACACAGAGCGCCUCACCUGGACGCGAAACCUGCAAUUUGAAGUGCCGCUCUCGCCGGUGAUUGCAGCCAAAAAAGCUCGUCCCUGUGAUGCGGGCUCUGAUGAGGACUGGGAAUACUUGCUGGGAUCUCACUACCACCACCAGAUGAGUUCCUUCUCGGGCUUUGGACCAGCAGACUCUAGUGGCGUCAAAGAGACCGCCACUGCAGACACAGAGGGCAUGUCCUCGUCGUCGUCUCUCUCCAGUGCAUCUCCCACCUUGGACAAUUCGGCGCCUCUCUUUGCUCACAUACCCGCGCUCUUUUACGUUCUCCACCUGCUCUACCAGGAGCUGCUGCUCAACGAGCUGCAUCGAGAGAGGGCCUCGUCUCUGGUUUGUCUGCUGCAGCAGCUCGCUAGAGAUCUGCAGUUGGAGGAGUAUGUGGAUCUAUACUGGCGAGACUACCCCUCAUUAAUAAGGGGGUUCACAGAGAGCUGCCUUAUAGACCAGACUCUGAUUGGUCAGAUGCAGCAUCCGUCUUUCCUGCGGGCGGAGCCGCCUUGCGUCUUCAGCUGGCUCAGUAGCUGCCUUCGGGGCGAGGAGGCCCCACCUUUUCCCUACUUGACCGGCAUCUGCCACAGAAUCCGAUUGCUGGUUCUGAGUUAUGCUCUCUACAUCAGUGGCGACGACAACGCCACGUCAUCCAAUGUAGCCAAGUACCUAGUAAAGCUUUCCGCAGGCCAAAAGUCCUGUGCCAGUGAACAGCAAAACAAAAGACAAAGCAGCAUAAAUCAAGUUGAAUUCUGCAGCGAGAGUCUGUCUGAGCAGCUAGUUGUCUGGCUCACCUCAGAAGGGUUCACCCUAAAGGACUUGGAGUCUGUCCCGUUCGGCGUGGCUCUCCCCAUCAGAGACGCCAUCUACCAUUGCCGGGAGCAGCCGUGUGCUGAUUGGUCAGAGGAGGUCUGCCUGCUGAUUGGCCGACAGGACCGCACCAGACAGGCCCACAAGAUGAGCCUGGCAAAGAACAAAGCUUCUUUAAGUUCAAGUCUGUCCUUGGAGCCUCCUGUGACCACAGAGACCGACGAGGAGGAGGAUGGCAUGUCAGACAUCGUCCAGGAGGUUACAGGACUGAUCUGGAGUCAGGACCUGAGGGUCCUAGAGGUCAGGAGGCUCCUGCAGAGCUCCAGGCCAGUCCGAGUAAGCGUUGUCCAGCUGCCCGAGGUUUCUGACCACGAGUACAUUGAGGAGAAAGAGAACAAACUGCUACAAUUGAGCCAAAGGACCAUGGGGCUCCCAGUAGGAAGAGGCCUGUUCACUCUGUUCUCUUACCAGCCUGUUCCCACUGAACUUUUACCCAUCCCUAAACUUAACCUCACAGGUCGUGCCCCGCCCAGAAACACCAUGGUGGACCUGAACAGUGGGAACAUUGACGUUCCGGCCAACAUGACCAGCUGGCCCAGCUUCCAUAACGGCGUGGCUGCCGGACUCAAAAUCGCCCCUGCUUCGCAGGUGGAUUCGGCUUGGAUCGUCUACAAUAAGAACAAAAGCCAAGAGAUGGCGAAUGAGCACGCUGGCUUCCUCAUGGCCCUAGGCCUUAACGGACACCUCACAAAGCUGGCCACACUCAACAUUCAUGACUACCUCACCAAGGGCCAUGAGAUGACGAGUAUCGGCCUCCUGCUGGGUGUGGCUGCAGCCAGGAUCGGCACAAUGGACAUGUCAACCACCCGCCUGCUCAGCAUACACAUCCCUGCUCUUCUCCCCCCUACCUCCACUGAGCUGGAUGUCCCACACAACAUUCAGGUUGCUUCUGUAAUAGGUAUCGGGCUAGUGUACCAGGGAACGGGACACCGACACAUUGCUGAAGUUCUCCAGUCGGAGAUAGGUCGACCUCCAGGACCAGAAAUGGAGUACUGCACAGACAGAGAGUCCUAUUCCCUGGCUGCUGGGCUCGCUCUGGGCAUGGUCUGCCUCGGACAAGGCAGCAACCUGAUCGGGAUGAGUGACCUCAACGUCCCUGAGCAAAUGUACCAGUACAUGGUGGGCGGACACCGCAGGGCCCAAGUCGGGGCCAGCAGGGAAAGACACAAGUCUCCAAGCUACCAGAUCAAGGAAGGUGAUACGAUCAAUGUGGAUGUGACUUGUCCUGGUGCCACCCUGGCCCUUGCCAUGAUCUACCUGAAGACUAACAACCGGUCUAUAGCCGACUGGCUGAAACCUCCAGACACUUGGUUUCUGUUGGAUUUCAUCAAACCUGAGUUUCUUCUUUUGAGGACUCUGGCUAGGUGCAUCAUUAUGUGGGAUGACAUCCUCCCCAAUACAGAGUGGGUUAAAAGUAAUAUACCAAAGAUCAUAAGGGGGACUUUGGACUCUUCACAAGACAUCAACAUGGAGACGAGGACCCAAGCGCAGGACUACAUCACAGCAGGUGCUUGCAUGGCGUUGGGAUUACGCUUCGCCGGCUCCGCCAACUCCGACGCUUUCGACUGCCUGUACGAGUUUGCCAAGAGCUUCACGAAGGCCAUGUCCCUUUCCGGUGCUGCUGCUGCGCAGCCAGGUUACUACAACCUGCAAACCGCCUUGUCCAUGAUCCUGCUGUCCAUGUCCAUGGUGAUGUCCGGCACUGGCGACUUGAAGGUGCUGCAGCUCUGUCGCUUCCUGCACUACCGAACUGGCGGCGAGAUGAACUAUGGCUUCCACAUGGCUCAUCACAUGGCGCUUGGCAUGCUCUUCCUGGGAGGAGGGAGGUACAACUUGAGCACCUCCAACUCUGCCAUUGCUGCUCUGCUGUGUGCCCUGUACCCACACUUCCCCUCACACAGCACUGACAACCGCUACCAUCUGCAGGCUCUCAGGCACCUCGCCGUGCUGGCGGCCGAACCCCGCCUGCUGGUCCCUGUGGACGUGGACUCCCUCAAACCCUGUUACGCCCUUUUGGAAGUCACCUAUAAGGAGACCAGGUGGUACGCUGAGACGACGGUGGAGCUGAUGGCUCCCACUAUGCUACCUGAGCUGCACCUUCUCAGACGGGUCCGAGUGAAAGGUCCUCGCUACUGGGAGCUUUCUAUAGACUUGAACAAAGGCGCGCAGCAUCUCAAGUCGGUCCUCUCCAGGAAUGGGGUUUUGUAUGUGAAACUCAGAGCCGGACAGUUGUCCUACAAGGACGACCCUCAGGGAUGGAAAAGCCUGCCAACGUCAGCCAUCAACCAGCGCAACUCUGGAGUCAGAGCCUUUAAGCUCGAGGCCAUCUCUACCUUCACCUCCGAGCCCGCCCUGCUCUCCUUCGCCGAGUUCUUUUGCAAGGCGUCCGAUGGAAUGAAGCAUCGAGAAGAGACAGUUGCAUUGUUCUCGACCAUGCUGUACGAAUGUGUUACACAAGAAUGUCCCGAGAUGCUGCCAACGUACAUCGCAAUUGAGCAGGUGGUAGGUGCUCUGUGUCGCGGGGAGCUGCAGCACAGCUUCUCACUCUGGCAGAUGCGGCUGGUGUUGGACCUGUGGGAGGGCAGGGUGCUCAGGCGCCCCGCCAACUGCCGUGAUGCCCUGCUCUCCUCAGAGUUUUUACCCAUCAUGAAGAAUAAGGUGGAUGUGGCGCUGGAUGGCUGGCUCAAAGACAACAGCUCAGCCUUGAGGUCCUACAUGAGGGGCGAGACCCUCUCUGAGGACCUCUGCUCACCCAUGUUGGCCUGUUUCCUAGUAUCCCGCUCCCUGCCGUAUCUCAGGAACACAACACAACUGCAAGGCUGCACUUCAUUCGGAGACUUGUUGUCCAGGAGCAGUAAGUUGGGAAUCCAACUCAGAGACCUACUAAGACUCGCUCCUGUCCUCCUGGAAGCUGGACCUGGCAUUCAGACGUUGUUAGCGCACUGAACAUAAUAAUUCAUAGCCUUAGUCUAUUCGUUCUUCAGGACAGGAAGGCCUUGCUGCACUUCUUACUGGUAACUUAGCUGCUUGCCUCUGCGAGCAUACGUUUGUGAAUGAGGCCUGUUGUAAUAUACUGUGUCUAGUUUUUUUUUCAAGGACUAUGUUGUUGUAAAUAUUAUGUGGUAAAGUUGAAGGCCAUAUUUUUUGCUCGUCAAAAGAAGUCAAUGCGGCUUAAAUGCAGCUGUUUCAUCUAGAUCAAGGGUGUCCAAAGUGCAACCGGGAGCCUGUUUACGGCCCAGAGCUUGUUUAUUCAUUGACCACAUACUCCACAGACAAAAUUAAACUCAUUAAGAACAAAAUAACAUUGCAUAUGAAACAAAGAAAAAGGAAAUGGCCAAAUACCCUCAAAAUACCAUGAACAUGUGUGCAAUUUUUGUCAGCAUUCACAUGAGAGCAAUAUUUGGUAAUUGUUUGGUAUGUUAAAGUCCUCCAACAUGUAGUUUAGUUCCCAGAAUAAUAAUAAAUAUAAUAGUAAGAAUAACAAUGAGUCUCUUUGUCACUUACUGUAUACCUUAAAACACAAAUGAGACAAUUUUUUUCUUUACAUGUGUCUAUUAGCAUGUUUCCCCACACCCACACACUCCAGUGGAAAAAAAUUUGGACCCCCCUGAUCUGGAAGAAGCAGGCCUUUCUUCAAUUGUGUCAAAAGGAGAAUUAAACAUCUCCACAGUUUACCAUUAAACAUGCUUUAUUCUCAUA